AUGGGUGCUUGUGUAUCGUCUACCUCCUACCUCUUUGAUUCUUUUACUGAAGAGAAGCCUUCGAAUCCUAGGAGAGAAUCGGAUCGACAUUAUCUUUCACUCCCAAAACACUCCUCAUUAAGGAAAUCCCUAUCACUCCCAACUGAUACCAACAACAACAACAACAAAAUCGCGAAUUCAUUGUCCCUUCAAAAACAUGCUUCAUUUCCUGACACAACCAAUCAAUCUCUCAAUCAACUUCUCUCCUCUACCGACUCUUCACUUUUUUCCUUAUGUGAACACUAUUUAGAGUUUGCCUUAUCUUCUGUUUUAGACCAAUCCUAUUAUAUGGAAAUGAAGAGAACUCAGAGAACAACAACACUAACCUCCAUCCCUCCGUUACCACUCGAAUCAGACCUUUGUUGUUAUCACCAUCAUGAAUCUCCGUUUGACUCUUUGGGAGAUGAUUUCACAAACAAUGAUUGGAUGUAUCGGCAAGACUAUAGGUUUCUUUGCAUAUCAUUCUUGGAAGAGAAGAAGCGAUCGCAAAAAGUGAGUCUUAAUCAACAACGGAGAAAGAAAGGCAUUCCAAUCUUGACAGCGAUCCGUGAAAUACAUGCAAUCUCCAACUCUAUUGUCUCAAACAAUAAUGAAUGA